AUGUGGAGAUUAUGGAAUCUCGCUAACACCCCCCUGCAAACUGGAUGGCCUCAGUUGUACAAGUUUGGAGCAAAGGAAGGUGUGACGCGGCUUGUGCAGCGCCUUAGUAAGAACAUCGGCAGGCUGAUCAAUGGAGGGUACAAAGUAAACUCUAUGACUACCAACAACAAUUUUUUCACAAACGAAGUGAUAGUCAAGUUCGAUGUGAUGAGUGUGAGCAUGGAAGACGGGGUUUGCAGCCAUGUAGGUGGCGUUGAGAUUGUCGCAGUAAAGAUGAACAAGAAACUGUAUAGAGACACCAAGCUCAUAUAG